CAUGUCAGUGGAAAUAGUCCUGUCCAUUCUCUCCCUUCCUAUCGCAGUUAUACUUAUGUUUCUUGUCAUAUGGAACAUAAUCUCGUUUGACGAGUUGAAGACGGAUUACAAGAACCCAAUAGACCUAUGCAACUCACUUAACCCGCUGGUAUUACCGGAGUAUGUUCUACAAGGAUUUAUAGCCCUCAGCUACCUCUAUUACAUGCAGUAUCUGGGUAUUAUUAUCAUGCUCCCUCUCACCGCUUAUCAUGCUUACAGGUAUGUGAGGCGACCCCGGAUGAGCGUGCUAGGAAUAUACGAUCCAACUGCUGUCAUGAACGGGGAUGAGAUGGACAGGAACAAGAAAGAGGGAUUCAUUAAACUAGCCCUCUAUCUUAUAAACUUCUUCGCUGGCCUCCUGUGGAUGAUACUCGCUGUGAGCAGCUAGGACAUAUUACCAACAAGGAGUGUGACUCAGCUCAGAGGUCACAUGGUCACAUGGCGGACACGUGUGACGUAUAUAAAGUGAUAUUUUACCUUGGAGUUUUAGGACAGGAUCUGCUGUUAGAACCUGCAGCUGAAACGCAGUUUGUGUGCUUUCUGCCAUCAUCUUCGGUUUCAAUUUGUUAUCAUUAUCAGUGUUUGCAGUUUGAGAUUCUAUGGGAUGCUUUAAUGUGGUUGGUGGUGCUUGGUAUGCUUUGCGAAAUGGAGCAUUCGAACGUUUAUUUUUUUCCUUGGCUUCACUUUUUAUAAAUUUGUAUUAGUAUGGAAUGAAAUAGUAUUUGAAUUUUUAUACGGCUGAAUCCUUAUUAAUCUUUAAUGUAUAAUGCAUAAUUUUAGGUGAUAUGACUGAAUUAACGGUGUGGUAAUACACAAUCAGUCUCGCUUUCUUUAGCUUAAUGUCAGUGUCCAAUGUAACUCUUUGCUGUUAUUACUGUAAAUUGAAUAUACUCUCCUAUCGAUGAGCAUAACAUAUGACAGUGUGACGAAACCGAUAACAGUUUGACGAACACAGUAUUUGUUGUCGAAAUAUUCUAAUCCUCCGAUCCUUGAGAUUGUCAUUACUUGUAUUCUGUACUUCCAUUUAUAUUGGAUUCACUGUGAUAUUAUUAUAAAAAUAUUGAUGUAGUUAACGUUUGAGUAUAAAUUUAGAUUCA